ACAACACCAAAAAUGUCCACAUCUCUCAUCUCAUCUUCUAAGCAUCUAUAAGAAACCAGCUCAAAUGUGAAGAAGAAUGAAGCAUCUUUCUGUCUGACUCUGCCUUUCCUCUUUUUCCCUAAUCCUCUCUCUCUCUCUCUCUCUCUCUCUCUCUCUCUCCAGUUAUAGUUACUAUCUGCUCAUCCCGAUCCGUACUUGUACUUGUGCAAUCUGUAUGGCCGCCAACUGGAUGAGCAGCAGCGGCAGAGGGAUCGCGAGCUUGACCAAGCAACUACUCUUUCGCAACCACUGGAUCUCCGCCUCUUCCCCCGCCUGCAGCAGGGGGUUGCAUUCCGCCUACGAGAAGAACGUGGAGGGGGCGGAUCACGAUGAUCAGGUGAUAUUCCGGCAGCCGCAGCAGCAGCUAAAAGAGGAGGACAAGUUCUGCUACUGGGAGCCUCACCCGCACACCGGAGUGUUCGGUCCGGCCGCCGCCUCGGGAGGAGCCGGGGCCUCAUCGGGCAGGGCUUCAACCAUUGAUGGUGGUGGAGCUGUGAUGGAACUGGAAGAGAAGGCCUGGUUCCGCCCUACCAGCCUCGAGGACUUGGAGAAGCCUACCCACCUUCAUUAACAAUUGACGAUCAUUCAUCCACAAGUACUACUAUACUAUUCAUGUAACAGAGUGAAAUCAAAUUUCAACGGUCAUUUGGCUAUUCAUCGUCGUUUUGUCCUCGUCACAGAAGCAAUGCCGCUGCGCUGUCGUUUUACCAUCACAAAAGAAGUUCUACUUGCUCCGCUGCGUUUUAUUCUUGCUCACUGAAGACUCAGUCGAUGCGAUGCCGUUUCUUCCUUUCUUCUUUAAGCUGUACUUUCUUUUACUCCAAGUCAGACUUGAUUUUCCUUCCAAGCUGCCAAACAAUGUCCAUGAAUGCUUGUCUGUUUGUAUGGUUUGCUGAGCCUAUAAGAGGCGGAUUUGAUGAAUGAGAAAGAAAUAACUAGGUUUUCA